UGGAUGCUUUGCAACUUCAUGCCAUGUCAGAGUGGCGCUGUGAACCCGAGUUUCCUUAGCGCUCUAACCACCAUACCGCCGCCCCACUUUGACAUUAUCUCCCUUAAGCAUUUACACCAAUCAUAUGGAAUCACGCACUUCUGGUUAAAAAGCCGUGAUGACUGUAUCUCUUUGAACUUCACUGAUGGGAGAAGCGGCGUGACGCGCCUUAGGCAGGAGGAGGGGCCGGAGCAGAACCUUGGCCUCUCUCUUCCCAGCAUCCGUCGGGAGCAGCGCGGCCUGCUCAAGUUGCCAUGGAGCGUGCGGCGGUGCUACGCGUGAAGCGGAAGCGCGGCGGUUCGGCGCCGGCCGAAGCCCUGUUGUUGGCCUGCAAGCGGCUCCGUACCGAGUCGGAGGCUGCCGACGCCACUGAGGGCGGCGAUGGAGUGGAGAAGAAUCUCUUCAAACUGGUGGCUACCGUGGCUUCUCAGGAUGAGCCUGUUCAGAAGUAUGUCCAAGAAGCUAUUACCAAAGACAAAGCAGCUCAGCGCCUGCGACCAUCGUUGGGAAGUACCGAGAGAGUAACGCAAGAUCUUCGCUCUUCCAAGCAAGCCAGAAGGCAGGAGAGCCGCUACCGCCUGAUAGCUAGCCACCGUCCAAAUUUCACUGAUGACAGAAGCACUCUUCCUGCAGAUCAGGGGGAAUCAAAUGAAAACAAGCAGCUGGCCUCUGAAGCAAAAAAGGACCCUUCCCAGGAAGAAAGCCAUGGUCCUUCAGGCUGUUGUGGUGAAUUUCAGUUGUUUGAUAUCAUACAAGAGGAAAAUGUGAAGAAAGAUCCUGGUAUUCCACAGAAAACUGAUGAUCCAGAUGUGAUUCUCUGCAAUGCCGUAGAAAUGAUACGUGAACGUCUAAUAGUGUCUGACAGUACUGAAGAAGCAGAGUGUAGUAUGAAGGAAGAUGACUACGUGUAUGAUAUCUAUUAUAUGGAAACAGUAUCCCCAGGCUGGAUUGAGAACAUACUCUCCGUACAGCCCUACACACAGGAUUAUGAACUGGUGGAUGAAGAGCGCAUCCCAGAAGAAGUGUACGAUGACGAAGAUGAUGAGAACAACGAGAACAACUGGCGUAAUGACUACCCAGAUGAGGAUGAAUUCUUUGAGGAAGAUGGUAGUGAUAGGGAAGCAAGUGGAAGCAGUAAUGAAGAUAGUGGAUACAUCAGGAGAACAUGGGAGAAAUAUCAGGCUGAUGUCCUGCGGGAGUUUGACUAUGAUGGGUUCCGAGAGCUGGAUUCUGAAUAGCAGAGAACUUUACUGCCAAGGUGACUGUUUGCAGUGGCCUUUAGAGUUUGUAGCACCACAACUGUGUCACUUCCCAUGGUGCAUACUGUGUGGUUGCUUCAUUGCUCAUGGGAGAAUAUGGAAAAAUUGAAAGGACUCUGCAACUUCUGCCUGCAUAGAACAGUAGACAUGAGAAAAUCCCUGGACUUGUCAUCAUCAAAUUUACCACACUGGGAUGUUUGACAAGUACUUUUGGUGCCGGACAGAAGGAUACCUUCCUAAAAGAAGUCAGUUUGCCUUCCGUGGUCAGUACUGCAUUUUUACAGAUCUACUGUGGACUGAAGUUGAACAAUUUUUUCAUCUUCCCUUUUGCACUUUAGUAUUUGCUAGAGACUGCUAAUACUUGGUUUUCGAAUGUGUAAAUGAAUAUAUCAAUGUUACUUCUAUUGAAUUCCCUCACAUUUGCGUGUUCAUGAUUCUCACUUUUAAUAUGGAAGCACA